AUGAAACGGGUAGCAGUUAUCGGAGCUGGCUGCAGCGGACUGUCCGCUAUUAAAUGUUGCCUUGAUGAGGGUAUAGAACCCGUGUGCUUCGAAAGAGAAACUGACAUCGGAGGGCUCUGGAACUACAGUGAGAUUCCAAAAGUCGGAAAGGGGAGCGUAUAUAACUCUUGUGUUAUUAACACUAGCAAAGAAAUGAUGGCUUUUAGCGACUUCCCACCUCCGGAUGAUUUUCCCAAAUUCAUGCCUCACAAGUACGUCCUUAAGUACUUCCGAAUGUAUGCUGAGAACUUUGGUUUAUUAGACUAUAUAAGAUUCCAGACAUCAGUCCAAAGAGUUGUACCUGCGGACGACUACGAGGAAACUGGGCGGUGGAGGGUCACUUUCACCCUAGGAACUGCCGAACCCAUCACAGACACUUUUGACGGGGUAUUGAUUUGCACUGGUCAUCACACAUACCCGCAUCAGCCUAAAUUUAGCGGUUUGGAAAAUUUUAAGGGAACCCACAUGCACUCACAUAGUUAUCGAGACAACCAAGAUUUUCACGGGAAGAGAGUCUUGGUCGUUGGAAUUGGAAAUUCAGGUGUAGAUAUCGCUGUCGACCUCAGUCACACGGCCUCCCAGGUGUACUUGAGCACGAGGCGUGGAGCGUGGGUCGUGAGUAGGAAAGGAUUCUGGGGCUACCCAGCUGAUGCCAUUGCUAACAGCCGUUUUUUGUUCACACUCCCCAAAUCUGUGCUACAGUGGAGCGUAGAAAAAAUGUGCAGCUUUAACUUUGAUCACGAAGCUUACGGUGUGAAACCAUCACAAAGAUGCUUUCAGACACAUCCAACAAUAAACGACGAACUUCCUUUCCGAAUCAUGGUUGGAGCUAUUCAGGUUCGCCCUGAUGUUCAUGAAUUUACGGAAACAGCCGUCAGUUUUGUGGACGGAUCUACAGAACAGAUUGAUGCCGUGGUGUUCGCCACUGGUUACGACUACAAGAUCCCUUUUCUAGACGACUCCAUUACCAAAAUCGAGAACAACAAAACCAGCCUAUACAAAUAUAUGUUUCCACCACACCUUCAGCAUCCGACGCUAGGAAUUGUGGGAUUAGUCCAAGCUAUCGGUGCUAUAAUGCCGAUUUCUGAAAUUCAAUGCAGAUGGUACUCGAGGCUUCUUACUGGACAUUGUAAGCUUCCCUCAUACUCAGAAAUGAUCGCAGACAUCGAAAAGAAGCGUGAUUGGAUGAAUGAAACAUACGUGACCUCACAAAGACACACCUUACAGACAUUUUGGAUCGAUUACAUGGAUCAAAUAGCAGAGCAAAUCGGAGUAAGACCAAAUUUUCUUCAAAUGUUCUUUGAGGAUCCGUACUUAGCCAUACGCUGUUUCUUUGGACCAUGUCUUCCAAGCCAGUACCGACUGAACGGUCCUGGGAAGUGGAAUGGCGCCAAACGAUCGAUUCAGGGCGCCAUCUCGCGAUGUAUGAAUCCUCCACACAAAGGGAUACAACCCAUGAACUUUAUCAGAUCAAAAACAAGACGACUUAGCAUUGAAAUCCAGAUUCCAACAUUUAUUAAGCCUUAUUUUGUUAUGUUUAUUUUUUGUUUCCUUUUCUUAUGUGUGCUUUUUGUGUAAAAUUCUACAAACGAUGAGUUAAACUCUCGUCCAGUUAAAAACUGUUGAUGGUUGUAUUCAUUUAUAUGUUCUUAGUUUCGUUAUUUGUAGCGUUUUGUAUAAUUCUUUGUUGUGUCUCCUUAUUUAGUGCAAAAA